AUGAUUAUGGAUGAUACAAUUCAAUUUCAUAAUUCAACAACCAUUACAGAGGUGGCAUCAAAUGUAAAGGAAUUACUCACAACAAAGACUGGUGAAUACAGUUAUGAAGAAUGGAAUCAAUCAAAGACAAUGAUUAAAAAGUUAUGUGAUGAAGGUAUUCCUUCAAACCUUAGAUUCUUAAUUUGGAAGCAUUUAGUACAUAAUAGUUUAAAUGUUGAUGAAUUAGUAGUACCUGCAUUAUCACCAACCAAUCCAAACUCACUUGGUAAUAGUAUGGGUUCAAUUCAAUUAAAUGAUAGUGUAAACAUUGAUUUGAAUCGAUCAGGUGCUUUCAACACCUCUAGUAAGGGUGGAUUAAAUGGUAGUUUUCCAAGUGUACCAAUAUUUCAUAAUGAUAUGGUGACAAGAGAUUGUCAGCAAUUGGUUGAAGAGUAUCAUUUAUUGAAUCAAAUCAAUACAUUCAAUUCAAAGGGAGGACUGAACGAGCACUCUCCAUCACGUCAAUAUAUUCCAAGAGAACCACUUCUCUCACCACCACUUGCAUCAGAUAAAUUGGACUCAGAUCUUAUUGCCAAUCGUUUGGAACGAUUCGUUCGUCAUUUUUGUAUGCAAACCAAUCGUGACUAUAGCAUAGAUGUCACAAAAAUCAUCAUUCUAUUUGUCGUAUUAUCAUACGUCGACGAAAUAGAUCAUGAACGUUUCCAAUCAGAUCUUUCCAUCCCAAAAACAUCUGAACAAGAUUGGAUGAACCUAUCUAUCAAAAUCAUUGAAAAUUUAUCAAAUAGUGCAAUCUUACCUUUUAAUUCUUCUCAUCCAAUUUUAUUAUGUGAAAGUGAAAUGUUUAGAAUAUUAUUAUUAUAUCAUGAUCCUGUAUUGGGUUACUUUUUAGAUCAACGUUGUGUUUAUUCAACUUCUUAUUUUUAUCAAUGGAUUAAUCAUAUGUUUUCAGGAUUACAACUUUGGGAUAUAUUACUUUUCCAUGAAAAUCAAGAUUUUUAUUUAUAUUUUGCUUUGGCUUUAUUAAUUUCAAAAAGAGAACAAAUAUUAUCGAUAAAGGGAGUGGCAAAAGAUAUAUCGUUAGUGUUGGAGGAAAAAUCAAUUGUAAAUAGUAGUGUAUUAUCAAAUCGAUCAAAAUUACCAGGACUAGUCAAAAAUGCACAAUCCUAUAGAGCUUCGACACCAAUCACAUUUAUUAGAAGUUGGAACAAAUUCUAUACCAAUUGUAAACAUCCAAAUGGUCCAAGAAUCGAUACAAUCAAUAACAUUUACAAGGAAUUUAAAUAUUCUAUUUGUAUGGGUAUUGAUGUUGAAGAAUUAAUUUUAAAAUCAAAUUAUGGAAAAGAUCCUAAAAUAAGAGAAAAAUUUCAAUAUUAUAUUGAAGAUGGAUUAAAUCUUGAUAUCAAUUUAUUGGUUUUUGAUUGUAGACCUUAUAGAUAUUUUAAAAGUGGUAGAUUCCCUGGUUCUUGUCAUUUACCACCUGGUUUACUUAUCAGUCAACCAGAGGAUUUUGAAAAAGUAUCCAAUUCAUUUGUCACUGAAAAAGGUGUAACUCAUUUUGCAUUCUAUGAUAAUUGGUUUCAAUUUAAUCCUCUUACUGAAAAGAAUGAUGCAGAUACAAAUGACAAUGGUGAUAUGAAUAUGAAUAUUUUAAAAUAUUUAAAAGAAGGUUUUCCUUUUGUUUCAAGAAUUCCAUCUGGCUAUAAAAAAAUUCAUGAUAUAUUUUCAUCAAAAGAUUUAGAAUUGGCAGUUCAUGAUGAUCAAAGAUGUCCAGUUUGUAAUCCAGAUAUAAACAAUAUGCCACCUCAAUCGCCGUUGUCAUCGUCACCAGUCAUUGCUCCAAAAAAAGAACCAUGGUUUAAUAAAUUCAAGAUUGGAUCAAAAAGAGGGGAAUCACCAUUAUCACCAUCAUCAUCAUCUACAUCAACGAAUUCUUUAGACAAUACUACACCACAAAAAAGAGUAGGAUUAAUGGGAAAUUUAAGAAGUUCACAAACAUCAUAUACACCAAACAGGGAAAAGAUACCUUUAAAUGUAUCUGCAGAGAAUGUAUUGGGAUUACCAGCCAAUUCAAUGUCUCCAUUUGUCAUUGACGACGAAGACGAUGAAAAUGAAGACGAUUUCAGAGGAAAUCCCUAUUGUUAUGGAGAAAACGAUGAUGGUAGUUACUACUAUAUCGACUAUACCAUCUCACCCAUUGCCACACCAGUCUAUGAUCCAAAUCGUGUCAAAAUAGCCUCAGAGCUAAUGGAAAAGGCAUUAAAGUCUUAUCAAGGACUUGAAGAUCUAUUGGAUGGCGACAACUUUGUUUUUGAAUGUGAAGAGAUUUUGGCACAGGGAGAAGGUGCUCGCGAACGCAGAUACAUCAUUCUCACACCCGACAAUCACUUUAGAGUAUUGGAAGAACAUCCCAAAUGCAUUGGCUAUGUCAAACUCGACUAUCAAUAUUCACUCGAUUGCAUCCGUAAAAUUGUAUACAAAAAGAGUAAUCCCUAUCUCUUGGAAUUUAGAAUAUUGGACGAACCAACUGAAACCAAUGCCAACGAGGUACCAGUCAUCCUCACACUUCCAAACGCUCAAUCUCCUACCACUACCACCACCACUGGAACUGAAAUCAUCACAAGAAAGCUAUACACCUUUAGUGAAGUGGAUCCUAUUCUAAAGGCAAUCAAAGAUAAAACAAAUGCUAUUCAAACUUCUCAUUAA